AUGAGAGCACCGAUUAGUAAUUAUCGAAGAAAGAAGAACGUCGUCACUACGGCAGCUCAUAAGGACUGGUCAAACCUUCAUUAUCAUCAAGAUCUUAUUAACUGUUUUGCAGAGCAAAUAGUUUCCAUGAAGGAUUUCUAUGCUUUUGGAGGAGUUUGCAGAUCAUGGAGAUCAGCAGCGAUCAAGGAAAACUCUAAUACAGGUCUGAGAUUACAGCAUAAAGUUCCGGUCCUCCUUCUUCCAAAGGAGAUCAAUGCUCCCAUCUGCAAUUUUUACAGCUUGACAAAAGGUCAGAUUUACCAACUUGAUUUACCAGAAACUAUGGGCAAGUUUUGCUAUUCUUCUUUAGGAUGGUUAUUGACUGUAUCCGAAGAUUUUUCCAAACUUCAUCUUUUUAAUCCAUUAACCCAUGUCCAAAUUGAGCUGCCUCAUCUGCGGCCAGAAAUCAUGACACUUAGAAAUAUAAACAAGUUUGUAUUAUCAUCGAGUCCUUCUUGGACAUCGAAUUAUGGGGUCAUGAUUGUAUCAUAUCAUGAAUUGGCCUUUUACCAGCCGGGGUAUAACAAUGACAAAUGGACUUCUGUAUCUUUAGGGCUAUUACUAACUUUAACGGAUGCAAUUUAUUAUAAGGGCCAAUUUUAUGUCGUGGACUAUCUUGGUAAGGUUUUUGUCUGUGAGAUAGAAGAUCCUAAAAAUGCACAGAUUAGGGCUGUUGCUGCAGGGAUUCCAAAGGAACUGCUGUUCGGUCCUGAGAUUCAUUUUAAAGCACCAUGUUUAGUGGAAUCUGCAACAGGGACCUUGUUAUUGGUUAUCUCUUUAUUUGAGCAAGGCAAAACUGAAUCAACUGUUGGUUGUAGGGUAUUCAAGGUGCCAUUUGAUGAUGGCAAUUCAUGGGCAAAAUCAGAAGUAAAGAAUUUGGGGAAUAGAACCUUAUUUUUGGGUGCAAACAAUUCUUCAUUCUCGAUUGAGGCUUUAGAUGAUUCUAUAUGCAAAGCCAAUUGUAUUUAUUUCUUAAAUCGGAGUCAUGUCUCCGAUGAAGGGCACAUCGACAUUGGCAUUUACUAUAUGAAGGAUGGAAAAAUAGAGCGACACUUUGAAGCAUUUCCAGAUUUUCAGUACAAAGGCAGAUCAAUAACAUCGCAUUCAUGGCUUCAACCGAGUUUCUAA